AGGUGAGCAGGGCACAUCCCGAAACACUAACCACCAGGAGCAGGGCUAAGUUGACCCUGGUCUGCCACCAGGUGCACAGGCCUGUAACCCUGCGAGGAGGCCUAGCUGGGUGGAAGGAAGCAUAAUGAGUCAGAAGAACGUGCUGCUGAAAGUGAUCUUGCUCGGAGACGGUGGAGUGGGCAAGUCCUCCUUGAUGAACCGUUAUGUUGCUGACCGUUUUGACUCCCAGUCCUUUCAUACCAUCGGUGUGGAGUUCCUUAACCGGGUCUUGGAGGUGGACGAGCGCUUGGUCACCCUCCAGAUCUGGGACACAGCGGGUCAGGAGCGUUUCAAGUCACUACGCACGCCUUUCUACCGAGGCGCCGACUGCUGCCUGCUCACGUUUGCGGUGAACGACCUGCAGAGCUUCCAGAACCUUGGCUGCUGGAAGAAGGAGUUCAUGUACUACUCUGAUGUCAAAGACCCUGAGCGGUUCCCUUUUGUGGUACUUGGCAACAAGGUAGACAUGGAACAGAGGGAGGUGGGGGAGGAAGAAGCGCGGGCCUGGUGUGAAGAGAACGGCUGCUGUCCUUACUUUGAGACCAGCGCUAAAGAUGACACUAAUGUCACGGCUGCAUUCGAGGCAGCUGUCAGAGAGGUUCUGGCUGCUGAGGACCAGAUCGACCAUGCGCUGUUGAGUAGUACUAUCGAUCUCCAUGGCAACCGCAAAACCUCUCGUACGUCUUGCUGCUGAUUGCGCAGGUGUGAUUCCACGUCCUAAUCUGUCUGGUUGAAACCUGCCUGUGGUAGUUUUAAGAGCCAGUCAGGUAUUGCGUAUGGUACGUGUACUAUAGGUACAAGGUACUGAGUACAGUAUCCCCUAAAGAUAAUAUGGAUAAGAUACAGCUGCUGUGAGGAGGAUGGUUUCAGGGAUUCAGCUGGUGUCUAGAUUGUUGAAUUAUUGCUCCCACCAAGGUACAGAUAUACUCUAACAGGCACACUCAUCUAUUGUGCUUUAUCUGCUUUCAGUGAUAUUGCACAAUGUUUUUACCCAGCCUCAACUUUGUCUUUGCCUAUGCAGGAGUUAUUCAAAACAGUGCAUCCAAAGCAUUUAAUCAAAAAUAAAUUAUCAGAAAUUAAAUACAGUAAAACAAUAAUAUACCAGUCCUUUUUUUGAAGAGCACACUCUACACUCUAGAGUUUUAGAAGGACUGACAACAACUUUACAUAAUUUUUUAUUACAUAUGUCAGCAGUGGUUGGAGAGAUAAUGUAUUUUUCUGACACAGACCCUGCCUGUGAAUGGCACCGUUCCCAAUCCAGGCAAAUAUUGAGCUCGUAAAUCCCAAUAUCAGUCAGAUAGCAUGCUUCAAGGUACGAGGAAUUUCAAUGAUUGCUGCACUCAAAUGAAAGACGACCUUGUUUGUCUUUAAUGAGAAGGGAAUUGUGAGCUUUAAUUCUGCAGCUCUGACUGUGAGCUUAUGGUACGAGCAAUUGUGGCACUCUUAUUCAUUGAACUAUAUAUUUUUACCACUGCACAACAUUGUAGCGGGACAUGUCAGGGAAGCAGCCAUUAUUGUUAUUUUUUCUGUAAUUUAUGUACACGGGACUGUUUACCAGGCAAAGUGAGGUCAGUUUUUUUCCCCUCAAAACUCAGAAGUAUUAUUGCUUUUGCUACUGUUGAUAAAGUUUUUAUUUCUCUGUGAAGCACACUUCUGUCCUUAAAAGUGUUCAUUUUUACAGAUUUCAUUACAUUUUGUCUAAUAUUUACAUUGGGCUUCAGUGUUUGAUCAGGGACAGAUUAAAGUCCUUUGUCCUGAUGAGCAGAGGAGGUUCUAAUUAUUAACGGCAUCUCUGUAAUCCUGUGUCUGCCUUGUUGAUUGCAUAGUAGGCCUUAACAUUCCAGUCUUUUAGCUUUGCCCAUUCUGAGGGUGUCCUGUGCUUUACUGAUGUAUGACAUUCGCCUUGUGCUGUCAGUCUAGUCAUUAUAGGUUUCAACUGAAUGUGCAAAAAGCUGGAGCACAGCCAUUACUUCUAAUGUGUGGAGUGUGCCUCACCUCCCCUAACCAUUCAUACAGUUUUGAGUGAAACAUACAACUGAGUGUUCUGACAACUUAAUGUUUACUUACUAUUUGUUUUCAGCUGGAUGGUACUUUACUAUCUAUCAUACAAACAGGUUUACUUGUACAUUUGACUUUUGUUCCUUUGGCUUCACUGCUGUUGGCCAAAGGGCUUUUGUUGUUUAUAUGGUUUGGAAAAAAAAUAUGGCUGGUGUUCACUUUUUCAAACUAAGGCCGACAUAGUCUGAAUUCAAUCGUCUUCAAUAUUUUGAUUUCAGAAUAGGACUUUACAUGGCAUAUUCUCAAACAAACAAUAAUGUUGCAUGAAGAAGAUGUCAAAAAUUGGAUCAUGUUUCAUGUGCGUGCAAACUAAAGAUAAACAUUGUAAGAGCUUCACUGUGAAAGUGAACCAAAAUCAAUCAGGUACUGUCAUAUUUACUCAUUACAUGGUCCUUGUGGUAUAUAAGCUAACAGUAUAUGGUGUGUUUGAGUACUGGUCCUCACAACUCACGAGAGAAACUUCAACUGUGAACUGAGAAGGGAAUUUUAAGAAAGUCAGGCUGCAAAAAUGUUAGCUUAUUGUUUGUCAGUGUUAAAGUUUUCUUGAUGGAAUGAAAUGUUUUGCCUCCUUACAAUACCGUUUUAGUUUCUAUCCUGUUCAGAUAAUGUAGCCUACCACAGUGUUUACCUGAAAUCCAACUUCCCUGGGAAUCCGAUAUUUAUGAACUCGUAGCAUAACCCUACAGUACGUCGCUUUCAUGAUGCUGUCUAUUAUCACUGCAACCCUGUCUAAUGUCAGUAUUUUUGCUGUAAUAUUUAUGAAUGUAAAAACUAAUUUCUGUGGGCUGUCCAUGUUAAUGGCUUAUGUAAAUUGCAAAGGGCAUUCAUUUUAUAAUAAUGUACGAAAUGACACUGACCGUCUGUUUCACUCAGUGUUCAACCCAUGAGCGUGAUUAAAGCUGUGUGAAAGUUAGACUGUUCAUCUUGAUUAUGUGUUGAUCUAAUGGACAACUUCCACUACUCCUCUUUUUGCACUAUCGAGGAGACGACUGCGGUGAAUACUCUCCAGUGCUUGGCUACAAAUAAAACAUGCAACAUACCAAAUGAA